AUGGAUGCUGUAAUGCCAAGGUUUUCCUCACGUCUUGAUCGCUUGGAUCGUAAUUGGCGUUCCGAUCCGUUUUGGCGUGAUUUAUAUCCACGUUGGGCAGAACCAAUUUUCAAAGAAGGUAUCGAUAUUCGCACGAAUAUUAUCAAUGAUGCGUCACGUUUUAUUGUAGAAAUUGACGCAUAUCAAUUUCGACCGGAAGAGAUACAAGUAAAAACAAUAGAUGAUACGUUGUUGAUCGAAGGUCGACAUGAAGACGUUCGUGAUCGUGAUAAUUUCACAAAGAUGUAUUUCGUGCGGAAGUAUCAGUUACCGCUGGACGUAAAUCCUAUGGAUAUCUCAAGCACCAUUGACAGCACAGGUCGUCUAUUUGUUGAAGCAAGAAAGCAGCCACAAGUUCAAGGACGUGAACGUAUGACUCCAAUAGAAGGACCGUCACGGCGUACACAACGAAAUGAUGGUACACGGAGUCAUGAAGAUUCUGGUUCGUAUGGGUCGCGUGUGCAGCAACAAUCAGCACCUAAUCACCGUUCACAUAGCUCUUAUUCUUAUCAGCACAGUCGUACCACUAAUGACUCACCAACUGGUACUUAUCAUGAACACAGUGUUCCAAUCAUUGAAACCGGAAGAAGUUCGCGAGCAGAAGAAUUUCAUUCCCAUGAAAGACAUAAGCGUGAAGAGCAUCGAUCGGAAUCCAAAAAUGAUUAUCGCAGUCAAUCAUCCAGACAGGAUAGCGGUUUCCAUGGCAGUGGUUCCUUAUCCAUCCAACAAGAUAGGGGCCCACGAAACGGUGAUAUAAAUUCCAACAAUGUUCGCAAUGUGCCGAUUCUUCGAAAAACAUUUAAAUAA